GGCAUUCACGCAAUGCUACUAUCAGUUGCAAGUUACUUCCAGUGUGAUGCAGCAAUUCACUCAACACAGAGUUUCUACUGAUCAUCCCUAGUCUUCACAGUAUGUCUGAAUUCGAUUAUCAUCCAGGCAAAUGUUUGUUUUGUAAAGAAGAAACAGAAGUUCGGGGUGUUAGAAUAUUUGUAUGCUAUGAGCUUCAUGAAUUCUGUGCUUCUUGUGUUAACUCUUCAUUAUUACAAUUCUGCCCAAUUCAUAAUAUGUCAGAAAGAAUAAUAAAUAAAUAAGAAUAUAAUGUAUAUAAAAGAUUUACAAUACAUCAGUGUAAUUUCUCAUUUUUAAAAGAUGACAACUUUUUAUUAAAAUAAUUGUUAAAAAAUAAUGUGUGGUGUAUUCCUGAAUGCAGUCCAACAGGCAUCACCAUAACAGAUGAAUGAAUAAAAUGAAUUGUUAUGAGUGUAAACUGAGCUGGGAACUGGGUUAGUCCUGAGGCGAUGGCUCUCUCCUCCUUCAAACCUCACUCAAUAACCUUAUUCAUAAUGAAUCCCAGUGUACGCCACUGUUAUUCUUAAGGCAUUAAUCUCUCCUCCUCCACUUGACAUAGCAGCUGUACAAUCAAGUCAGCAACGUCUACACCCUGAUGAGACACGAUAACAAUAAUACACACCUGUAUACAUGUACAUGUGUGAGAGCCGAAGACAUGUGAAUACUCUUGAGGAUUGUUUGGCGGCAUGAAAUCAGAUAGGUGCUGACUGAGCAACGCUAGUCGAAAAACAAGCCAGAGAGACAAGGAUGAAGCAGCAAUGUGAAAAGUCCCUCGUACAUGCAUAUUCAGUAAUGUAUCAAUUGGAAAUCAACGUCCGUUAUAAAAUGAAAAUCAAAUGGUGUAAAAAAGGUAGGCAGAAGUUAGUUAAUAGAGGUAAUAGUCCAAACCGUUAAAAGAAUGGCACAAAUUAAUGAGGUUCCAACAUGCAACUGUUGCAACUGGAGACCAGCACAACAUGAUGCUAAGGACAGUAUCAAUGGUUCCAUCAUAAAGUUCUGCAACAAGUGUAAAGGCAAUCACAAAACUUCACCAAAGUUUCCUGGACGACCUUUAGAAUAUGAUCUGGGAGUUAGCCCUGCCAGAGAAUAUUCCAGCAACCCUACAAGUACAGAAUAUAGUACGUGCAACUGUUGCCAGUUAUUCUAUUACAAAGCAGCGUUGCAAACGAUACAGUAUGAAUGCCAGGAAAAAGACCACUCAGCUAUAUACUGUCUCCAGUGUGCCCAGCAACACAGAAUGUGCAAGGAAGAUCAUUCUGUGGCUACUAUGCCUUCAUUUUUAGAAGUCCUUGAGAAGAUAACUGAUACAAAGAUUGACAUAAAACCAUAUAAUUAACUAAAUAUUGUUAUACUAAUUACAUUUACAGUGUGCUUGCCCUUUUUUUAUUAGCUAUAUUAACAUGUAGUUUUAUGACAUUUGUUAAAGAGUGAAA